AUGGUGAUUGGUAUAGAGGAAAGGAUUAGGAUUAGAUUGUCUUGGAUUUGCUUUGGUUAUAGUGCUAUCUUUCUAUUUUGGGUCUUUGAUGCAUUUCUUGUUCCGUGUGCUAGUGGUAUAUCAAUGGAUUGGAUGAUCAAUAGGGAUUUGCAAAAGGCAACAUAUAAUUUUACAACACUCAUAGGACAGGGUGCAUUUGGUCCUGUUUAUAAAGCUCAGAUGUCAACUGGGGAGACUGUUGCAGUUAAAGUUCUCGCAACUAAUUCUAAACAAGGGGAGAAAGAAUUUCACACAGAGGUGAUGUUGUUGGGAAGGUUACAUCAUAGAAAUCUGGUGAAUUUGGUUGGGUAUUGUGCGGAAAAGGGGCAACAUAUGCUUAUAUAUGUCUACAUGAGUAAAGGCAGCUUGGCUUCCCACUUGUAUAGUGAAGAGAAUGGAGCUCUGGGUUGGGAAUUGAGGGUUCAUAUAGCUUUAGAUGUAGCAAGAGGCAUAGAGUAUCUUCAUGUUGGGGCAGUUCCUCCAGUAAUCCAUAGAGAUAUCAAAUCUUCCAAUAUUCUCUUGGACCAGUCCAUGCGAGCCAGGGUUGCUGAUUUUGGACUCUCAAGAGAAGAGAUGGUGGAUAAACAUGCUGCAAUUCGGGGCACCUUUGGUUAUCUUGAUCCUGAGUAUAUCUCUUCAGGAACAUUCACCAAAAAGAGUGAUGUAUACAGUUUUGGGGUUUUGCUCUUUGAACUUAUAGCUGGCCGAAAUCCUCAGCAAGGUCUAAUGGAAUAUGUUGAGCUUGCAGCCAUGAACAGUGAGGGGAAAGUUGGUUGGGAGGAGAUAGUUGAUUCUAGGCUUGAGGGAAAAUGUGAUUUUGAAGAGCUGAAUGAAGUGGCGGCCCUUGCCUACAAAUGCAUCAGCCGUGCCCCCAAGAAACGUCCUUCAAUGAGGGACAUUGUGCAAGUUUUGACUCGAAUCCUUAAAUCAAGGCACCAAAGGAAUCAUCAUCACAAAAAGUCCCUCUCAGCCACAGCUGAUGAAGUUUCAAUUGAUGUUGAUCAGCUAGAAACCAAGAGUUCUCUCCCUGCCCACAGAAGAGAAGAAUCUAUAGAUAGUACAGCUGACAUGUAUGAUUUGUAG